AUGGCGGACGUGGAACCCAUCUUCACCGCGGUCUCCAGCAAUGCCCACCACCUCUACACCCUCCUCCAAUGCAUCGGAUUCGCGCCCAAGGCCACCGUGCAGCUCACGCCCGACGGCAUCCGCUUCUCCGUGGAAGAAACCCGAACGGUGCAGGGGCUUGCAUUCCUCGACAAGGCCCUCUUCACCAGCUACACCUUCAAUCCACCACCACCACCACCAGCCGCUGCUCGCACCCCCACCGAGCAUGAUGACACCGAGUCCCCCUCCACCGACGACCCAACCCCCUACUACCCGUGCUUCGAAGUCUCGCUCACCGCCCUCCUCGAAACCCUCAAGAUCCUCGGCAUCAACGACAGCUCCACAUCCGGCGGCAGCGGCUCCUCCCGCGCCGGCAGCGUGCAACCGGCCCCUUCCCACAGCGCCUUCACCACGCCAGCCCUCCUCCUCGACCGCUCCUGCACCCUCCGCUACGCCACAGAAGGCAGUCCCUUGAGCAUCACGCUCACCGAGACCGGCAUCCAGACCACCUGCGAAUUAACCACAUACGAGCCCGAAGGCGGCGAGAUAGAGAUCCCCCUGCAACGCGACGCGAUCAUCAUGAAGAUCAUCAUGCGGUCGGCCUGGCUCCACAACGCCAUCACCGAGCUGGCGGCCACGAACCCGACCGUCCUCAAAAUCUCGGCCUCCGCGACCCACGAGCCGUUUUUCGCGUUGGCCGGCGCCGGCGGCUCGUUCAGCGAGUCCUCCGUCGAGUUCUCCGUCGAGAAUCAGACCCCCGCCUCCGGUGCCGCUCCCCGUGAAGAUAACGAUGAGGGUGCCUCCCGCGCGAAACGAGCCCGCCUCGCCCCGACUGUCACCGAGACGUUUCUGGUCAGCCCGCCCUCAUCGUCAUCGUCGAGGGGGUCGCAGCACAUCCGACAGGAUUACAGGUUCAAGGCGAUUCAGAAAGCGAGCCGCGCGAUGGCCGUGGCGAAUAAGGUCAGUAUCCGGGGCGAUCGGCAGGGGGUGCUGAGCUUGCAGUUCAUGAUCGAGUCCGAUGUCCAUGCUGGCUCCAGUGGGGCGAGGUUGUCGGCUAGAGGGGGUUCAGCGCCUGUGGUCAGUUUCGUGGACUUUCGGUUCGUGCCGUUGUUGGAUGAUGACGAGGAGGUCCUUUAG